UGUUGUUAGGCUUACCAAAUGGAGUCUAAUGGAGUCCAUUGAAUUGAAAAUCCUUUGAGAAAAUAAUCGUAAGCAUGAGAAAAUCGAAAGCCGCGUUAAAGAACUGUACGAUAAUCCGUGGAAAUUAUUUAUGAACCGCGUGAUAACAAGUGCGUGACAGUGAAAAAGGAUUCAUUAUAAAUGUUUACAAUUCAGAGAUGGGAGCCACCUCUGCUGUUUGACAAUCUAUUUUUUAGAGUUAUUUACCUGGAUCGUUUGGAUUUGCGUUUCGAGUUCACGAAUGUCCUUAUAUCCGUACGACCAGUGCCUCGGUGGCCACGAUAAAAAUGCCGGAACGCCCAGAAAGAAAUCCAUUCAAGAAUAGCCACAGGCUAUCCAGGAAACCCUUAUUUUUUAAUCCUACGAUUUUUGCGUUUAUCGAGAUAUUGUUUACGGUCAGGUCGUGUUAAUGAAUCGAACUAAGCAGCUUGAACGACACUGAUUGUUGUGAAAUAUUGAAACUGACUGUAUAUAAGUGAAUUUGGUGAAUGAUCGGGAAAAAAUUAUGUAGGUGCGCAGUAAGAGCCCUACCUGCACAACCAGAGUGCAAUGUCCCAGAGAUUAAAAAGGCCUAAUCGAUCUGAAGAUGGUGCGGUUCCUGUUAAAAGGCGUAAGCGCACGGCGGCCGAGGAAGAGGAGGCGGCCUCCCAGGUGGCGAAGGUUGCUGCUCAGGGAUCAUGGCAACCGCGGUCCAAUGACUUGAAAACCAUCUACAACCGGACCACGACGGAAGCGCCCGCAGAGCUGUUUCGUAAAGAUCUGAUAAGUGCCAUGAAAUUACCGGACUCUGAGCCUCUCGCCUCAGACGAAUAUUGGGUGAUCGUCGACCAGUGGAAACAGGAGUGGGAAAGGGGUGUGCAGGUUCCAGUGAAUCCGGACUCGUUACCUGAGCCAAGCGUCAGCGUUACAAGAUGCAAGUCGCUCAAAAUGCAGAAAGACUUCAGAUUGCCGAAAAACAAAUACAUCCGCAUAACAAACGACGAGAAAUUUGACGGGGAAUUGCACAGCAUCUCGAACGCGCCCGCGAAAGCGGAAGCGGCCUGCUCAUACGAUCUGGACGAGUGCGACAUGUCGUGGUUGAAGACGUUGAACGCGGAGCGCGCCUCCUGCGGCCUCGGCCCCGUCUACGAGGACCAGCUCGAGCGGGUCGUCGAGCGGCUCGAGCUUUGCUGCUGGGACAAGAUCCAGUCGAUUUUGAAGAACGAAGAGGGCCUCGGCAUCGAGUACGACGAGAAUGUCAUUUGCGACGUGUGCAGGUCGCCAGACUCCGAAGACGGCAACGAGAUGGUCUUUUGCGACAGCUGCAACAUUUGCGUGCACCAGGCGUGCUACGGCAUCACCCGAAUACCCGAAGGCCAAUGGUUGUGUUGCACGUGUAACAUCGGCAAGCGGCCGGACUGCGUGCUGUGCCCGAACAAGGGCGGGGCAAUGAAAUCGACCCGCUCGGGCCAGAAGUGGGCGCACGUCUCUUGCGCCCUCUGGAUACCCGAAGUCAGUAUCGGCUGCGUCGAGAAAAUGGAACCGAUCACGAAAAUAUCGAGCAUACCGUCGAGUCGUUGGGCCCUCAUCUGCGUGCUGUGCCGCGAACGUGUCGGCGCCUGCAUCCAGUGCUCGGUGAAGACGUGCAAGACCGCGUAUCACGUGACGUGCGCGUUCAAGCACGGCUUGGAGAUGCGCGCCAUCAUCGAAGACGAGAACGCGGACGACGGCGUGAAAUUGCGAUCGUACUGCGAGAAGCACAGCAAGUCGAGCAAGAAGAGCGAGAAGAGCGUGUGCUCGGGAUCCGAAGACGACGACGUCAAACGAAAGAAACGGAAAGACAUGACCAACGAGGAGAAGAACCAGGCGAGGGCGGCCCGUCUACAAGAGAUCGAAUCGGAAUUUUUCAAACACGUCGCGGUGAAAGACGUCGCCGUCCACGUGGAUGUCGACGGCGACGCCCUCCAAUACAUCUACAACUAUUGGAAGCUGAAACGGAAAGCGGGACACAACAAGCCGCUACUGUUGCCGAAAUCGGACGACGUCGACGUGUUGUCGCACAAACGCGAACAAGCGGACCUCGAAAAGAUGAAAAUGUUCGUGCAGCUCAGGCAGGAUUUGGAACGCGUGCGCAAUCUCUGCUACAUGGUCAGCAGGCGGGAAAAGUUGAGCCGGAGCUUUUUCCGUAUGAGAGAGCAGACGUUCCACAAACAGGCGGCGGUGCUCGGCUCGUCGAACACGCUUCCCACCACGGUCGUGCAGGCGGUUAUCGAGGCGAACCACGGCCCGUCGAUCUACGAUCGACUUUACUCGCACAACGAGGCCGAAGACCACACCUCCGAUUUCGAUCGUAUACUGGCGAGAAUCGCGGGCGUCAAGUCGCCGUCUUCGUCGGGCGACGACUUCAGGUCCGACGUCAACGGCCUGUUCAAGGACGUGAAGAACAACCCGUACAAAAAAGUCUACUUCAACGGUUCGUCGAAGCGUCGAAGCGGCAGCUUGUACGGCAGCAGCCUGUCUAGUGCCGGAAGUAGCGACGAAAAACCGAAAGACGACAAAGAGAACCGCCUGCAGAGCAGUUCCGAGGAGGAAAAACUAAGGACGAAACGUAAACCGCCGGUGGCGGCGGCGGCGGCGGCGGCGGCGACGAAUACGGCGUCGUCUCGAAAAGUCGCCGGCCGACAGAAAAAGCAACAAAUCGUUCGGGCCACUGCGGCGGAGAGUAGCAGCGAGGAGGACCUCGGACCGCAGAAAAAGGAGUGGCGCUCGCGGCUCGGCCAAAUGGCUAGCGAACUCGGCGACACGGGCGAGAGCGAAAGCGACGACCUGGUGCCGGUCAAGACCCGCAAAUCGGACGACCACCAUCAGCGAAAAGAGCCGAUGGCUUCGAUUUAUUCGGACAGCGACAGUUCCGACGAUAAGUCCUCGAAUCAGAUCAGAACUAAGGCGGCGGUGAAGGAGUUCUCGCACAAGCCGGGCACGUCGAAAAGUCCGAACAAGAGCAGUCCGGAGAACAAGCGGAAGACGAAGGGCGAUGACAAAAAGGACUACGGUCCGUCGGAGCUGAUAGUGCCGCAGAGGCAAGCCGCGAAAAAAGCUACGGAGAACCUGAAACUGACGACGAGGCCGAAGGAGCAGCCGCAGGCGACGCAGGACGAGAACGUCGUCGGCAAGGCGGAAGAGAAGGAGAAAAAGGACCAUCUCAAGGCCAAACCCAAAACGAAACCGAAAGAGAAAGAGGCGGCGGCGGAGCGCAAGAAGGAGGGCGAAGUUUCCAAGGACGUCGAAGCGCAGGAGAUGCUCGCGUUCGUGCCUCAACGACAGGCGGCGAAAAAGGCCGCGGAACACAUCAAGAGCGGCCUCGUGAAACCUACGCCCGCCGCGGCGCAAACAGAAGCCGCCGUCGCCGCCACCGCGCAAGUCGUCGCGGAAACCGCGAAAAAAGAAUCGCCCGCAGUGGAACCUACGUCGGCGGCGGCGGCCAAAGCCAAACAAGCCGCGAAAGUCCCGGAGACGAAGCGGAAAUCGUCCGCUGCCGCGGCGCCUUCGUCGACCAGUUCGUCUUCCACGUCCACCAGCUCGUCGGACUCGACGAGUUCUAGUUCGGAGAGCGAGGACGAGGCAGAGAAACCGCGAUCGGAGAUCGUCGCGUCGAAAGAGGGCGGCGCUAAGCGGAGCAACGCGAAGGACUGGCCCUUUCUUGACAAGGGAUCCAAGUCGGUCGCGUCGUCCGCAACGUCGUCCGACUCGAGCGAUUCGCCGCCGACAAAAAGUUCACCUCAACGGUCGUCGCGAGGUCGCAAGCCCGUCGGCCCAGAUAAGAAACUGUCUGCGUCGCCUGUUAAAAGGGAGGAGCCCGGAGCGGCGGCGCGACGUGGGAGGGGCAGGGCGCCACGAGGACGGCCCCCGAAAUCCGGUGAUCGGGUCCGAGAGGUUAAUGUGCGGCCUGGAGAUUCGGCUAACAAGCAGACCAAACGGUAUGACGACGACGACGACGCCGACGACAAAAAGGGCGGCGAUCGUCAGCAGCGUCCCGGCAAGUUACUGUCUCCGAUCGGCAAAACGGACAAGAAACUGAAGGAAAAUCUGCCGGCGCAGAAGGAAACCGACCUGGAGCGGGAGAUGCGAGAGAGGAAGGCGGGCAGGGAAGUUCCGCUGAGGAACAGGUCGAUGACGCUGGACCGACUGUUCGCUUCCGGGGAGAAGAGGGCGGCGGCGGCGGCGGGCAACGAGCGGAAAAAGGCGGCCGCGGCGGAAUCGCCGAGGAAAAGAGAUCCGUCGGCCGAGGAGGCGGUUAAAAAGGCGGAAACGCCCGAACCGCCGGCGGCAUCACCGGAGAGGGCGGAUGAGAAGCGAGCCGUCGACAAGCUCCCCGCCCCCUUCGCUAAGCGUAUCGACGACAUUUUCGCGGACAAAAUAGCGACGGAAGAGAAGGAAAACGACGUGGCGGCAACGCCGGCGACGCAAAACUGCAAAUCGAAAAUAAGCGACGAGAUAUCGGCGGCCGAUAAAAUCGUCGACGACCACGUCCAGUCGCAAAAACAGAAAGAGAACAAACUGUACCGUAGGACGAGCGACGACGCCGAGAUGACCAAGUCGAUACUGGGCGUGGUUUCGGAGAUGGAGACGCGGAACGCCGCGCGUCACAUCGAGGCGUCGAUAUUUUCGCCACGCAAAGAACCGGACCUGCUCGAUUUCGUCAAUUUCGACGAUAACUUCGGCAUGUCCAAGGACGAGGAAGUCAAAGAACCUUUGGCGUUUUCGUUUAAUAAUUCCGUCAUCAAGGAGGACACGCGGGAGGACAGCGCGCGCGAAACCCUCAACCUGGUGGAGAAACUACGGAUGGGACUGUCGAAGAAGUCGGUCGAGACCGACGACGCGACCACCAGUAACGAAGUCGACAGCGACAAGGGUGGAGAUUAUCUCGAACAGGUCGUACCGGAACCCAUACCGCCUGUGACGAAUGACGAGGACACGCCUAUUGGCGAGUCGCCUCCGAAACCGUUCGCGGCCGUGUAUUCCGGCGUCACCUCAGUCGACGCUACGAAAACCGUACCGCUCCAGGCGCAGGGCGUGGCUCAUUCCGCCCCAGUCGAAGGCGACGAACGUUGGGUGCCGCCCAGCGACAAUUUCGGGCCGCCGUUUGAUCACGGCAAUUAUCUCAACGACGCCACUUACGUAUCGCAGCAGUACCAUAAUACUCGCCUCGAACCGGAAUCCGCGAAUCCGGUCGUUCCGCCCCACGUCGCGCCGCUCAAAGAACAACCUCCCCUCACCCCGCAGCACGAUCACCGAAUCUCACAGACGCCCCUGAUCGAUCCCGGCUCGCUGGAUUGCCCGUCGCCGUAUCCGAACAUCCAUCCCCAGGCGAAGUGGGCGGACUGUGAGGUGAUGCCAAAUAGAAGAUCCUCCUCCAGUUCGAGCUCAAGUUCAAGCUCCAGCUCGCGGAGGGAGGACGACGAUCUCAGACUGCAAGAUGCCCGGUUGAUAAACCAUUCGACGUUGGACAUGUCGGCCGCCGCCGCCGCGACGUUCAUGGCCGCGGCGCCGCCGUUUCCACAAAAUCACUUGGAUAAUUUCGGGGCGUUUCCGGAUGCCGCGUCGCAAUUCGUGCCGGUCAGCUUGUUCCCUCCACCGAACAUGAACGCUCAGCUUCCGUUUCCUACCGGGUCGGCGGGAAUGUUCCCACCGGCAUUCGGCGCACCUUUUCCCGUCCCCCAUUCGAUCCCGCCCCUUUCGAAACCGCUCGACGACGCGAUGUCGUACUCGUCGACGUGCACCGCCGCGUUCACGUCGUCUCAGCACAAUAUGGCGCUGACGGCGGCGAUGGUCAAUAUGCCGACGUCCGACGACACCCCCAAGACGGAGGAUCAGUUAGUGGCCGUGCCGCCGCCAUCGGUCGAGACGUCUAACCAAGAGCCGACCGAGGAGGCGGUCCCGUCACCCGCUUUAAGCGGAGCCACGCCCACCGUGGCGCAGUCGCCGAAUACGUCGCUAAAAUCGAAUCACACUUCAACAGGUAAAAAGUCGCCGACGAAACCGACGAGGACGUCGGCGCGCGUCACCUCCCAACUGCUAAACAAAUCGCCGGCCAAAAGUCCCGGCAAGAGUCCGCGUCAAGAGUCCUCGCAGAAGCAGAGCGGUCCGGGACGGGGUAGGGGCGAUGGGAAACGGUCCGCGAGCCGGUCCGCUUCUGCGAAAGCGCAAGCGAACGCGAGAGGUCGCGGAAGAGGUAGGGGGCGGGCCCGGACCGGCGCCCAUCACAACGACUACGACGUCGCCGGCACCAACACGAUCCACAACAAGCUCGUCGGCACCGUGUACGACUUGGAUUUCGACGACGACAUUUCCAACGACAACAUGGCCGAUCUGAAGUCGAUGCGAGAGCGCAGGAAAUCGGUGGACGUGCACGAGGCGCGCAAGUACGACGCUUUCGCGUCGUCCGCGUCGCCGCGUUCGCCCAAAUUCGCCAGUCCGUCGCAACACAAGGGCGGCAGGUUCGCGGCCGACCUGCGCGACCUCAGGCCGCCCAGUCCUCUCGAAGACGCCCGAUCGAAAACCGACGACGCCUCGAGUGUCGAAAACGAACCUCCGCGGGCGUUCCCCGAACCGUUGUUGCCGGGUCCCGUAGACAUGCGCACUUACAACAGCGCCACCACGUUCGACCAGCAGAACUACAACGAGCAGCACCUGCUUAGCGCGUUCGCUUCCGGGACCGCGGAGAAACGAGUCCACGAAGACAUCGACGAGGAUUUCGAGAAAGAGUUGCACACCGCGCUGACGGCGAAAAAGGACGAAGAACCGCCGCACACGGAGUCCGCGAGCAACAUCAAAGUGUCGCUUUCGGACUCGCGCAAUCAGCUGAAGGUGAAGAUCAAGGGACCGAUCGCGAAUUACACGUCGACGGUGGCGCCUCUGCCGCCGCCGGCCAUCAUGGACCCCGCCUCCGUGUCGGCGUUGAACUCGAACGCGUCGUGCGCGAAUUCGGUGGGCGGGACGUCGACGAGCGCCGCCUCGUCCGGCGGCGGAGGAACUUCGAGCCUGCGCAGGAUGAGAAAAAAGGAGUUGCUGCGACAGUACUGGACGCAGGACAUGAACAUGGACGAUCCGACUUGCGCGGUGGGGCUCAACGUCGUCCCGCAGGCUCCGCCCGUCAACCGUACCAUCAUCACCAUCCCGAAGGCGGUCGCGUCCAUGACCAGUAUCCCGACCAAGGAAGACUACAGGGAUUACCAGACGGGCGGCGACGAGUUCGCGGAAGCGACCAAGCACCACAAAAAGUCGAAGGUCGGGGGCGGGCUGUCCCGCGAGCUCAGGCAGCUCGACCUGUCCUUGGACGAAGACACGGGCGGCGGCAGACGACGAAGUCUGAGCUCGGUGGGCAGCAGCACCUCCAACAGUUUCGACUCGUCGGUGAACAAGAGACGCGGUCGGCCGCCGAGGCCUCUCGCGCCCAAGUUGAAGAUCAAGAUCGGCAACAACAUCGUCGAGAAAUCGGAGGAACGGACCCUGAGGCCGCCGAAGAAGCGGCUCGCCUCCGCCCCCGUUCCCAAACCGUCGGUCGACGAUCUUCGGCGGGAGAGCAUGAAGUUCCGCAAGCUCGUCAUGGCAGAUCUCAAGGUGAAGAAGAAGAAGCGCGACAAAAACGACAAACACAAGAAGAGGAAAAAGUCGGAGGCGAACGUCCAAAUCAUAUCGGACGACACGUCGCCGUCGACGAAACUGAUCAUCCGGUUCGGUAAACCGAAACAGCCUCCCGGUGCUAGUGGUGAAGUGCGGACCGUCAACGACGCGGACAACGCGCGGACGAGACAAAGUGCCGACGCGAACGAACCCCCCCAUCCCAAUCAUCCUAAACUGACCCCGAUCAAAUUAAAACUGGCCCGGUGCCAGGAAGGUUCCGGUUACGUGAUGAAGCCGUCAUCCGCGACCGCCACCGGAUCGACCGAGACGAAGGAGGACCGAGCGACCCAGCCGGGCCAACCUCCGCCCCUCCUCGCAGAACCGGACCCGUUGGAAGGCCUGCCCGACGCGUUGCAGCAGGCUCCCCCUCCCCUGCCGUUGAACAAAGACUGCGAGGUUAGGUGAUAACUGUGUAACUCUCUUGUAAUAUAUAUGUAGGUUACCGAUGGAGGGUGUGUCAGGUCGUGCACUAGUUGACACAUACACACACAUCACGUCCGUCCGCGGGGUUCGGCACUUUUUGAACUGGAAGCGAGCCAGACAGGCGGGGGAUAACGGCCGGUUUCAGUUUUGAGGUUAGGUGCGACAGUCUUCGAUGACGUGGUAAGCACGUUGCAUCGCUCCAUCCUACGGAAUUUCUUAGAACGAUUUACGGCCGACAGUAAAAUCAAACGAUAAAAAACAUAUUUUUUACAAGAAGAAGAUAUCCGACAGUUACUCAAAUCGAUUUGAAUCGCAAUUUUUUUUCUAUCUAUUUUUUAUCUAUCUUUAUCUAUUUCAGUCACAAUUGAAUUUAAUGGGCGCUGAAUGAAAGCAAACACAAUCCCGAAAAUACAUUUUGUUUGAAAUUUUAAUUUGACUUUGAUGCAAAUUUGUUUGAAUAUGUUUGGUUAGAACGUUCUUAUCAAAUUUAAUAAAUGGUCAUCGGCCCGUCAACUCCAUAGCUGUAGAGCUUUAUCUAGGCUCGUCUCUCUGAUUAGACUCCACCAUAUAGCUACUAACUGUCUAUGGUUAUAAUGCAGGAAUUUAUGAAGACCGGUUUCAGUCUAGAUGCAGUAUUUUUAUGGCAGUGUUUUCUCAAAAUAUGCCCAGAUGUUAAAUGCCCUGGGAAAACGAGUUAAGUGUGUGUAGAUCGUUGUUUAAAUGAGAAUGACUCAAAGUGCGGGUUAGUUGCAAAAUUUGGCAUUGUAUGUGGGUGGCUACUUCCUGCUCCUCCGAAAUAACUUCAGCAAGUUCAUUUCUCGAGUUAUGGUUAUGUACGGAAUUAAAAACUCACUUUUAAUAAAAUUUGAUUAUGCGCUUUAGGUAUGUACUUAUAACUGUAUAGUAAAGAAUCUGAGGAAGGGAUACACUGUUGUGAUGUGUGCAUGAAAAAAGCAAAAUUGAUUUGAUGGGUUGACAUUUUUACGUCAUACUAAAUAUAAUUUACUUUGAUUAGUUUAAAUUUUAGCAGUAACAAUAGGCAAUGGCUUCGAAGUUUGACUGUGGAUUCUCCGAAAUUUUUUAUUUUGGUACUCAAUGAAAUUCUGCGGUGAACAAACCGUAGGGUAGUUUUGUGCGCUAACGAGAUAAGAAAUGCAUUGUGGAUAAUUCUACUCAAGUUGUAAAACGUGAGAAAAAGUUAAAAAGUUCAAUAUUUCAUUUAUUGACAUCACAUCAUAACAAAUAAAUAUGGAAUCACGUGACAACUUCGGUAAAUUUAAUUAUUAAUAGUAAAAUCUUUUCGGGGUGAUUAUUCACUUUUGACGCAAACAUAAAUUACAAGCACAUCGGUGACGUUGCAGCAAGUCUCGUGACGUCAUGCCUAUAAAUUAAAACAAUGCACGUAUAUAUAUUUGCCCCAUUGUUAAAUUAAUUAAUCAAUUGUCAAAUUAUUAAUUCUGAAACACUAGAAGUUGUGGUUAGAUCAAAAUCAAGGGAAAAAAAGUAGCGCGUAACCUCAAAACUAGCGUUAACCUUAACCUCAAAACUGUCUGCGAAAAAAUGAGAUUAUGUAAAUAUAUAUUUAAAAAAGUAAUAAUUAAGGACGCUAUACAAGGUAGUGGGGUGUCCGAAGCCCCGCGGACUAAGAGUUAUUGCGUAACGAACAGUAUGCGUUAAGGGCGCGAUCCGUUGUACAAAGUCAAUUCGGCGAAGACCCGCGCAAUCAUAUUUUUGUACAUAGCGUAUAAGUUUACGGUAAUUGUGAAUAUAUGCAAACAUAAAUUAAUAUUAGGGCUAAUUUAUAUAUUUCAUUUAAAAUGAUUAUCUCGUGUUGACAAUUUUUGAUAUAGAUAGAAAUCGUUGAAAUAAAUUUACGUCGGAUAUUGUACAGGACAAAUGGCUCGCGGUGCAAUUUUUUUUCUCUGUCGACGAUUACGUUCGUUUUGCUUCCGGUGUGCGCGCGUAUGUGUAUGAAAGAGAGAGGGGGAGUGCGCCGUAUUUUAUCAUUGGGGAGAAUUAUUUUUUGAUCUGUGAUCUUGUCGACUUUACUCCGCAAUCGUCCAAAAUUCAGUUAUAAUAGAUGCUGUCCCACCGGGAAUUAGUAAAAAAAAUUGAUAAUUUGGAAUGAAACUAUUUUUAAGGUAGCGACACAUCCGUAUAUACUGGAAGUGGGCGUGCACUUUUUAUUUUAAAUCGAACACGCUGUAGAUUGUUGUUUGUUUUUGGAUAUUUCACCUUAACUUUAUGUUAACAAUGAUGUUUGAAGAUCCAACAGUAUGUCUAAAUUUGUGCCGUACAUUAAAAUUUUACUCUAUUACCUUGCAAAUAUUUGAAAAAAAGUCCGAUCGAUUUUAGCAUUCUAAGAAAAUAUUUUUUGUGAUGUUUUAUUUUAUUUUAGCGGGUUUUUUCGUUGAAUGUCCUUUUUUAAAUGUUUAACGCGUUUUUAGUGAUUCGAAAAAAUUGUUCAUUACUCUUUUUUUUUAUUUUAAUUAUCUUAGCGACGUUUUAAAAAUAUUUAUUUAAUGGCAAAUGUCUUCUCGAUUUUUCUGAAACACUUUAUUGAAGUAUUGUUUUUUUUUUUUUUAUUCUAUUACGUAUUUUUGUGGGCGUGUCCGUGGUGAGCUUGUCUGUGUGUGUGUGUGUGCGUAAUAGAACGUGCACCCGUAGGUUGUAACAUUUUACAUUGAUUUAAACGCGUCUGAAGUAUUAGAUAGCACGAGCCAUUUGUUGAAUUCAUGUUAACAAUACUUAUAUAAUUAUAAAUAAGAAAACGAAUCGAUAAGUCGUACAGACGCCCUCCCUCCUUCCGGGUACGGAGCGUUUCCGGAUAUUGAGCGAGUAAAACCUUAUCAACCUUUAUAAUUUUUUUAUCACAAUUGUUUAUAAUAAAUGUUAUCGUGCAUUAUUUAUUUUCCAGACGAAGGUUUUAUCGAUCCAAUUCAAUGUUUGGGCCCACCCCGUACCGUUUAAUAUUUUUUAAGUCCUAACAUUUUCUAUUUACUGAGUGGUACUAGAUGUUUUUUCAAGCCGACCACGGCCUUUUAUUCGGUAUUUGCUACCCCCCCCCCCCCCCCGUGUUGUUUCAAUUUCGUACAACAGUUGUCCCCAAACACCCGACCACCAUUAUUCUGUACGCAAAUUGUUAUCUUCAAUUCAUUCUAAAAAAACUCUUUACUUUAUAUCGACAAAAGCUUUACAUUUUAACAUUAACUUAAUUUUACGCGUUUUUAAGGUUAUACUUUGUAAAUAGAAAUUGUGAUUCGAUUUUUUUUAAAGUUUUUUUUAUUCGUCACUGUACAAUGCGAAAGAGCACAAUUUAUUAUUGUAUAAUGUUAUUUAAUUUGUAUAUUUUGUUUAUAAACCGGACUGUAAGAUUCAUGUGUAUUGUUUCAAAAUGAACACAUAGUUGAUUCAUAAAUUAU